UCUAGGGAAAUACCUUGAUCAGAAAGAGACGGAGAUCACAAGAGCGAGCAAGACCAGCCGCCCCCCACUCGGUUCAUUCACCCACGCCAGCACCUCGCCAUUUGUCCAUGCCUCAUUUUUUGCUGAUCCCUUGAAGAUUCGGACCCCAUCGAGCACGGAUCCGAGUGGGAAGACAUUGCCUCUCGCCUCUCCUGGAGGCCAUCAUGAGGCUGGUGUCCCUGGUGCUGCUCCCCACCUUCACUCUGCUGGUUUUCAGUGCUUGCAGCAUCCUCCCAGGAGCAGCGGACAGGGAGCAGAAGGUGUGGGCCAGAGAGGGCAGGUCAGCUGUGCUGCCUUGCUACCUGAACCCCGGGAAGCAGGGGAAGGUCUGGAAACAGCUGUCUGACAGGACAUCAGUGCUGUGGAAGCGCCACAGGGGAAGCGCCCACCAGAAGCCACACGUGGUGCUGGAGGUGGAGUACACUGGCCUCAAGAAGACGGCUCUGCCCAUGAGGCCCCGGGUGUCGGUCCAGGACUCUGCCUUACGCAGCGGCAACUUCUCCCUGCGAAUCGACCCCGUCAGGAGCGAAGACGCUGGCCUGUAUGAGGCGCAGGUGACCUACAACACGGAGGUCCAGAGCUGCCAUGUGGAGCUGGGGAUCGUUACAGUAACCCUCAGUCCACCCAGCCCUGUGGUAGAAAGUGAGCCUCUCCUGAUGAGCUGCAACUCUAGCCACGGGGCCAGCCUGGUGGAGACACGCUGGUUCCACAACGGGCGCCCGGUCCCCACCUCCAAGAAUGUAUACUCCUUGCAUGGGGCACUCUCCAUCCCCCGGCCCUCCAUGAGUGACUCAGGCUCCUGGCACUGCCAACUCAGAUACUCUGACAAUGUGAUCGUUUCUGCCACGCAUGACCUGAAAAUUUUAGGUUUUGAUGGCCCAGCCAACCCUGUGGUUUAUGCUGCAGCUGGCUCUGCAGCCGAUCUACCAUGCACCCUGAGAUAUCUGCCCAGUGCUUUGGGGAUCAGUGUGGUGGCAGCUCACUGGAGCCACCUUGCAGGAGGACACUUACAAGACUGGGUCGUCUCCCAGAACCAGAGCAGCAGAAGCUUCCCCCUUCAUCUCCCUGCAGUGGGGCCAGGCGAUGCAGGGCGGUACAGCUGUGUAGUCUCUGUUGGCAGCAAGACAAUUAGGAGGGAUGUGACCUUGGCAGUGGUUACAGUCACCCCAGGUAUCCCAGGACCAAUUUCUGAGGGGUCUCACUUGCUGCUCAUCUGCAGCGUCACACACCUCCAGGGGCACGAACGUUUCCAGUGGAAGCAGCUCAGCUCAGCCCCUACUAACAAGAAGCUGGCUGUGGGCACCUCCCGCAACCUGAAGGACCACAGAUCCCAAAAUGGCCCUACCUUGGACAUAGCCCAGGUGUCACAAAAAGAUGUGGGCAUCUGGGAAUGCAGUGUAUAUGGCCCAGAAGGCAGACUGGGAGCAGUGGAAUAUGGUCUGCAUAUCACAGGUGCCCAGGUCUCCAGCCCUCCCACCAUCUUCAGUGGGCAAGUUACUUUUGGGCUCACGGUCACCCUCUUCUUCCUGCUUAUGGUCUGUAUUCUGUUUCUGGCCCUACAAAAAAGGGCACGCCUUCCAGCUUCCUACCCAGCACUGGAAGGGAUAAUUGCAGUUGCUGUGCCAGAUAAGAAGGAUGUGGAGGAGAGCCAGAAAGAGACAAUCCAGCAAACUGAGUGCUGAUGGGAGUGGGGACACCAGGCCUGGUCUGCAUGGGAAGAUGAAAAUCUGUGUGCCACGCAGCAGAGAGAUGGGCACCAUGCAGACCUCUGAGGAGAGUCUAGGGAUUGCAUGAACAUUGCGUGAGGACACGGAAGCUCUGCACCUUCAGAGGGGCUGGAAGCUGCAUACCAGGGCAAGAUGAGAGUCACCGCUGCAGUAACGGGGCAGGCAGCGCAGAUGCUUUGGAGCUGUCGGAAGUAUUUGAGCAAGUAGCUAUCAUCUGCUUCAGUUUCACUUCUCUCCCAGCCUUUGCUCCUCCUUCAUGCUCUCUCCUACAGCAUUCUGUAGGGACACUCACAGACAGGAGGUGGCUGGAGCCCAGAUCCCUGGCAGCCAGCUGGUGUUUUCUCCCCAUGCUCGCUAUCUUCUCUCUCUCCCCUGACUGCCCUGCUCCAGCAUUCAUUCAGCAGUAGAGGGGACCCCACAGAGGACUGUACACAGUGAACAUUUUGAGCAUUUUAUUUUAUUAGAAACUCAUUUGAGAACAUAAAAUAA